ACCAUUAGAGACCACUUGUUAGAAAGCCCAGCAGGUGAAACGUCAUCUGCUGGUAAAACGGAAUUAACGCAGUCUGAACAUGUCAGGACAUGCCCAGUCACACUGAAACCUGAAGCUGCUGGGUCAGACUGAAGCUGCUGGGACAGACUGAAGCUGCUGGGACUCUCCGUGUGUAUUUGCCAUAUCCCGUGUGCGUUCUUGAACAAAUACCACACACACAUACACACACACACAUACACACAAAUACACACACAUUCACACGUGCAAAGGGAUGUCAAGAUAAACCCUUUAAUAAAGAAGAAAGCAUCUCUCUAUCCAAGUGCCUUGAUUCUUUAACGGGGAUCAUAGUCCAUGAUCUGCCGCCUCAACCAGCAAUCCUUCUUCCUGAGUCUCGCCCCCUCAACAUUGGUCCUUCGAGCCGGAUUGAGUGCAGCCUAAGAGGAGGAUCAUGGACAAUGCAGCAUCAGACAACGUAGAGCCCCGAAGACGUCCACAGAGAGAACAUCACUUACCUGCUUACCUGGAUGACUACCAAGUUGGAUUCCAACCCUCUGCGACCAUGGACCUAACAACUGCUGUAUCCCGCUCUAACAGCCAUCGCAGCAGUAACCAUAGCAGGUUGUCCAACAGAAGUUCCCACAUCCAUAGCAGAACUAGUAGACAUACAUGUUACUCAGUUAUCCCACUCAGGGUCUCUCUACAACUCAAGCUGCAAUCCUGGAAGAGAGAAUAAAGCAGAGUAAAGCUGGAAGAUAUGCGCUGUAUGAUCGAGCAUGAAACUCAAGCUGAUUUUGAGUGUGAACUGCUGGAUGGUCAAGCCAAGGAAGCACAGCGACUCCAAGAGGAGGCACUCAAAGCCAGAGAAGCACUCACUAAGCGGCUAGAAAGAGAGCGGCGCCUGAAGAGGGCUGAACAAGACCUUGAGAUUGCUAAGCUUCGUUCUUCUAUGCUUUCCAGUAGCUGGGCACCUACACAUUCAGCUGCGCACUCUGACAAGUCAGACCCUUUUCUGGGCUUACCAACGCCAGAGCAGGUGAGACAGGUCAACGAACGUACAACCUCCUCCCAGCUACGGUCGACCCAGUUACUUCCACCACCUGCUCCUGCUCCGCACUCACCCAUUUCUUCCCUACAAGUGAAGCAACAAGCCACUCCAAACUCUAUGGCACUUCCUGCUGGAUCACAGCAGCUGCAACCUGCGGCCACCCCAGCGAGACCAGCUUCUCCUACAGAUCUAACAGCUCAGCCCCAGAGUCCAGUACCCAUGGCACCUAUGUCUGUGAGACUACAGCCUGUGCCACACCCUUCAGUGCAUGUCACCUCAGCACCUCUAACUCAUCACGCGCCUCAAGUGGCAUCAACCUUUGAGUCAAACCACCCUAGUCGCCUAGCACCGGCGAUGAGUUUGCACUCCAACCUACAAUGUCCCGCUAAUCCUGUAGAGUCUCAGUUCUCAACAGCGUACCAACCCGCGUACAGCUACAGCCAACCAGCCAUGGAGCCACUUAACACUGCUCAGCAUGCCAGCCACAGAGCUCUGCUGCCUCACUCGACUCACCAUGGGAACCAGCCUGUGCCAGUUCUCUCUGCUCCCUACCCUGGUUACACACCACUACCCGGAGCUGAGUUACUCAUAGCAUCAGCACUUGGAAUCCCUCGGCCUUCCCUUCCAGUGUUCGAGAGUGGUCGGGAGAGUGACUUUGCUCUGCUUAGGCUUGCACUAGACAACAUACUGGGGAGCAACCAUCACCUCAGUGAGCAAUAUAAAUAUCAGGUGUUGAUAGGACACAUUAAGCUCCCAAGCGCGCUGCAGCUUGCCAAGGCGUACAUGCAUGACCCGGCACCCUAUACGAGUGCGCUGCAGGCUCUACAAGAUAAAUAUGGGCAACCACGACAGCUGGUCCAGAGUAAGCUAGGUGCUAUACUCAACGCGCCUGCUCUAAAGAUUGGUGAUGCCGACGCCUUUGACUCAUUCGCCUUGUCAGUCCAGUCCUUGGUAGGCAUGUUAAAGACACUCGAGGGACAGAAUGGAUAUGAGCUCCACUGUGGUUCCCACGUUGAUCGUCUGCUCAGUAAGAUGCCCCCCACUUACCGCGAUGGCUUUGUUGAGUAUUGCCUGCGAUAUGGUAUUCUACAGACUGGCACCGACAGAACCUACACCCUUUUGGACUUGGCGACCUGGCUCCAAACAAAGUCACAAGCAAGGCGGAUCUCCAGUAGAGCGGCAGCACUGUAUCAGAUGAAUACCCCUCGACCAGCCCGAAGGGAUCAGCGAAAUGCUCAACCUAAAGAGAAGCUAGAUACUGUGUGCUUCAAUGUAGCUGACAGGAAAGAGACAUCUUCCACAGAGCUUAUGCGGAUGAAGGCCAAAUCCAAGUUCAAACCGUUCUGUCCCUAUUGUGACAGUCAGGACCACUACCUUAAUUCCUGUGAGGAAUUCAAGAAGUUGACCACCAAUCAGAUCCUGAAGUGGCUUCAGGAUGGCAAUCGGUGUCGAAAAUGCGGACGCAAUCACCCCGAGGACCGGUGCACACUUAAGCGCCCCUGUAAAACCUGCAAGGAGACACACCUCACCAUCUUGCACGAGUCAGUCCAGGAAACCAAACAGAAAGUGUACGCAGUCAGCCUACUUCCCACAAGGGUAUUCCUGGAUCGGCCCAACAGGUCUCAAAGAGUAAUGCUCAAGGUGGUCAAGGUCCUCCUCCAUAACGGCGACCAAAUGAUGGAGGCUUACGCAGUACUAGAUGACGGGUCAGAGAGAAGCAUUGUUCUUCCUCAAGUGGUGCAACAGCUCAACCUUGUCAGCCAUCCAGAGACUCUUCACUUGCAGACUGUGCACCAAAGCGUUAAGCAACUUAAUGGCGCAUCAGUCUCCUUGGAGAUAUCAUCACCGCUGCGGCCAUACGAGAAGCACCUGAUACCCCACGCCUUCACCGCCGAGGGAUUAGCUCUCGCUGAAUACACUUAUCCAGUUGGUGUGCUGCAGCAGAAAUACAAACACCUCCGAGAACUUCCCUUACUUCCUGUGAACCGUGUUCAACCUCUACUCCUAAUCGGGUCUGAUAUGCCCCACCUGAUCACUCCAGUCCAACCAGUGCACGCAGGACCAUCAGGCGGACCUGUUGCCAUCUGCACUAAGCUGGGCUGGUCUCUUCAAGGGCCAGUUGAUACUGUCCAUUUCUUACCUGGAGUCCAACAAUGCCUGCACAUCACCACGGCCUCAGCUCCCAGCGAGCUCCUCAGGAAUGUGGAAUGCCUUUGGCAAAUGGACACCUUGCCCUACAGUGAGAAAGUUAUCACUCGCUCGAAGGAAGACCAACACGCUCUCGCUCUGCUCCAGACAACCACCACUAGAGUGACCGUAGAUGGCGUGCCACGCUACGCCACUCCUCUUCUUCGCCGUACGACCGACAUAGCUCUCCUGGCUCCUGCGGAAGCAGUACUCCCCAGGCUUCGCAGCACAGAGCGGAAGCUUACUAAGAACCCUACACAAGCUAAAUCUUACUGUGCUGAGAUCCGGAGGCUGGAGGAAUCAGGCUACGUUUCAAAGAUCUCACCACAAGAAGCCAGCCAGUCACCAGAGUCGUGGUUUAUACCACACCAUAUGGUCCAACACAACGGAAAGGAUAGAGUCGUCUUCGAUUGUUCUUUCCAGUACCGAGGGCAGUCACUGAAUGAACUCCUGUUGCCUGGACCGACAUUGGGACCUUCACUGCUAGGUGUCUUACUGAGAUUCCGUCAGCACUCAGUUGCUGUGAGUGGGGACAUAAAGGCAAUGUUCCAUCAGAUCCGUUUGCAGCCCACUGACAGACCAGUGCUGAGGUUCAUCUGGAGAGACAUGCAAAGGGAGGAAGAGCCAACUAUCUACGAAUGGCAGGUGCUGCCGUUUGGGACCACAUGCAGCCCUUGUUGUGCUGUAUAUGCUCUCCAACGUCACGUUCAAGAUAACUGUGGCGGCAAUUCCAACUUGGCCGAAGUUGUGGAGCACUCCUUCUAUGUGGACAACUGUCUCCAGAGCACCCACACUGCUGCGGAAGCCAAAGCUCUCAUUGACAACCUACGCAAGCUACUCCUGGAAGGAGGAUUUGAUCUCCGGCAGUGGGCGAGUAAUGUGCCAGCAGUAAUCGAGCAUCUUCCCCCAGAAGCCAAAUCAGACAGCUGUGAGCUUUGGCUGUCUAAGGGUAGCAACAACUUGCAGGAGUCGACCUUGGGCCUCCAGUGGAACUGUCUCACCGACUCACUAGGCUUCAAGCACCGUCCAGUGGACCACCUCGAGCCAACCCUGAGGAUUAUUUAUAGAGCUCUGGCGAGUCAGUAUGAUCCACUGGGCUUUAUCAAUCCUUUCAUCACCAGCGCUAAGGUCAUCAUCCAGGAUAUCUGGAAGCAAGACAUUGGAUGGGAUGAUCCAAUUGAGCCUCAGUCUCUGAGAGAACAGUGGAUCGAUUGGGUGACGGAGCUUCCUGAUCUCAUCCACCUCCAAUUUCCACGAACCUAUGCGCCUCCAUGUGCCGACGGGCCCACUGCAUCUAGGGAGCUUCACGUCUUCUGCGAUGCGUCAGAGAGAGCGUAUGGUUCAGUAGCCUACCUACGCACCGUCGACGACCAAGGUCACAUCUACACCUCCUUUGUGCUAGCUAGAUCGAGAGUGGCACCGAAGAAACGCCUUAGCAUGCCACGUCUGGAACUUAGCGCCGCACUCACUGGCGCUCAGCUCGCCAAGCUUAUCCAGACAGAGCUGACCAUACCCAUUCAACAGACGUUCCUCUGGUCAGACUCCACUACGGUGCUCCAAUGGCUAAGAUCAGAGUCGUGUCGUUACAAGGUCUUUGUCGGCACGCGUAUUGCAGAGAUUCAAACUCUAACUGAGGUAGCCAGCUGGAGGUAUGUGGACUCGGCGAGGAAUCCAGCGGACGACGUAACACGAGGCCUGAGGCUCUCAGAUAUGGCGCAUUCACACAGAUGGAUCAAUGGUCCAGAUUUCCUCCGUCAGCCUCUGGACCAGUGGCCGGCUAUGACCACAGCAGCAGACGAUGAAUUUGACUCUGUCGAACUCCGGAAGUCCACCUUUGUCGGUAUAACAUCUGAGACUCGGAACCCAGACCUACCUGAUCCGGCGCAGUUCCACACCUGGAAGGAGCUAGUCCAGACUACCGUCACAUCCCUUCAUGGGGCGGCUGCCUCUAGUGACUGUCAGGCUGCAGACGCUGCAACCUACCUCUUCGCAGAGAAGCUACUCCUGGCCCAGGCUCAGCAGGACUCUGUCCCUGAGGAUUUAAAGGCCCUUAAAGCUAGUCGACCUGUUUCAGCUAAUAGUCGCCUGAUCACACUCUCACCUGAAUAUGACAAGGCCACAGGACUACUUCACGUUGGGGGUAGACUCCGGCAGGCAGAGGAUCUGGAAGCAGAUGCUAUCAAUCCGAUCAUUCUGGAUCCAGCACACCAGAUCACUAAGUUGCUGAUUCAGGACUUCGACGACAAGCUUCUCCAUCCGGGGGCCGAACGGGUGUUGGCCGAGAUGCGACGGCAGUACUGGGUCCUGCGUGCCCGGGAGGCGAUACGGAAGCAUCAGCACAGCUGCAGGGGGUGCCAGCUCUGGCGCGCCAAGCCAGCCAUUCCCAAGAUGGCGGAUCUUCCACUCUGCAGGCUGCGUAUCUACAAACAACCAUUCUACUCCACGGGAGUGGACUGUUUUGGCCCAUUCACUGUGAAAAUCCGCCGCAGGACCGAGAAGCGAUGGGGGAUUGUGUAUAAAUGCCUGACCACCAGGUGCGUCCACCUCGACUUGUUAGAGAGUCUUGAUACGGAUGCCUUCCUGCUGUCCGUGCGCAGAUUCAUAGCCAGGCGCGGCACUCCGUUUGAAUUCCUGUGUGAUAAUGGUACCAACUUCGUUGGGGGAGAGCGGGAAUGGGAGUGAGAAGUCCGAUCCGUGAAAAAUGCGCUCAGAGUCAUCCUCCGUGAUCAGUCAGUACCAGAACCGGUCCUGCACACCGUUCUCGUUGAAGUGGAAGGGAUUCUAAAUUCUAAACCACUUGGAUACGUUUCAGCUGACGCUGCUGACCCUGACCCAGUUACGCCACACGUUCUACUUAUGGGGCGUCGUGAUUCCUCAUUGCCGCAGGCCCUGUAUGACUCAAGCAGUAUUCUGGGGACACGACGAUGGAGGCAUAGUCAGGUGUUAGCAGACAACUUCUGGUCAACCUUCAUCCGACGGUACCUGCCAAGCCUACAGGGAAGAUCUAAGUGGCAGACUGAUGGAGGCCAGCUGGCCAUGGACCAGGUCGUUCUAAUAGUUGAUCCACAGCUCCCACGAGCGCUCUGGCCAGUGGGAAAAGUGGUCAAAUUACAUCCUGGAGCAGAUGGGAACGUCAGAACAGCCACUGUAAAGGUUAAGGAAAGGACCUACGUUCGACCUGUCGCCCGGCUCAUCCAGCUGCCUAAAAUCAGUGACUCUGAGGAUGGCACUAACUGAUGGGCUUUCUCUGGGAGUUCAAAUGUCCUCAGGACGGACAUUUGGGGGCGUGUUAGAAAGCCCAGCAGGUGAAACGUCAUCUGCUGGUAAAACGGCAUUAACGCAGUCUGAACAUGUCAGGACAUGCCCAGUCACACUGAAACCUGAAGCUGCUGGGUCAGACUGAAGCUGCUGGGAGAGACUGAAGCUGCUGGGACUCUCCGUGUGUAUUUGCCAUAUCCCGUGUGCGUUCUUGAACAAAUGUAAGCGAUUUCCAUCUCCUUAGUGAUAGAUAGUUUGAUUAUUAUUACAGUUUGUGUUAAACGGAAAUAUAUUGUGGGAGUUUGGUUAGCUUGAGUUAGCCAAGUAGCCUGCAGCUCAAUGUUGUUAGCUAGCACUGCAGCUAACUUUGAAUGCCUGUAAUGGCUUAAUAAUGGCGAAUAUUUCAUUUGCAAUGUUUAUAUUACGACUCGGUUUAUCCGACUUGGUUUAUUGUAGUGAUUGUGACUAAGCUUAAUUUGAGAGUUUGAAACGUCGACUUAUUUGUUGUCGUUUAUACCAUAUAAAGUUAUGCUGUUACGCAUGUUUACCUCUGCGAAUAUUACGUUGGCAAUUCUAUACUUUUCUCCGCCAUUGAUAUUACAUGGCUGUUACGGUAUUAUGCGUAAGUGGCAAUUUGUAUCGAAGUAAGGAAUCUUACUAGUCAACUUCUAACUGUAUGGCAGGUUAUUAGUUAAUGUUUAAAUGUAAUUUGAGGAAGGUUCUCAUCAUUUCUAACACAUUGUAUUACCUUUCUGUAUAUUUUCAGACCACACACACAUACACACACACACAUACACACAAAUACACACACAUUCACACGUGCAAAGGGAUGUCAAGAUAAACCCUUUAAUAAAGAAGAAAGCAUCUCUCUAUCCAAGUGCCUUGAUUCUUUAACGGGGAUCAUAGUCCAUGAUCUGCCGCCUCAACCAGCAAUUCUUCUUCCUGAGUCUCGCCCCCUCAACACCACUAGUUUCCUGAAGGUCAACUUUAGACCCCAUUGGAAAAACAUCAGUUGCAUUCCAGAACACCUGUUAAACCCAUAGAGUCCUUUACACUGUGAUAUCUACCCAUCAGGAAAAAACAAAAUACCAUCAGGGUCCACUGGACAACACCAGGAACCAGCAGAAAAUUCUAAUGGUUUCUAUAAUUUUUUUUUUUUUUACUGGACAGACAAAAAAUACACUU